GGUGAAUGCGGCCGGCCACAGGAAGCGACGUCAGACGGAGUCGUUUGUGUUUGUGUUUGUGUGUGUGUGUUUGUGUGAUGAAUACGCUCUCGUACAUAUUGACUUUUUUGGAUUCGCAUUUACCUGUUGCAGGGAUCAUCGCUAUCCUGCACCCAGGAUAAUAAGGACUCCACAUCGACGCAGAAACAGCGGCUAAGCGUCGUAAUGUAUCGCGGGUCUAGGUCGCACAGAGGCGGCUAUCAACCUCCGCCGUCGCGUGGUUUCGGGCCCCGUCCUGGACCAGGCCGUCCCCCGGAUCCGUACCGCCGGCCGUCACCGCGGAGGAGAUAUUCACCACCUGGUGAAUGCAGAGGAGGGAGACCUCAGCGAGGCUUCGGGAGAUACACCCCAUCGCCUCCUCGUGGUGGACUCCCCAGUGAUCACAGUCUGGUCAUAACUGUGGGCAAUGAGCUGACCCAUCCACCAGGCUACACAGGGACUGAAGCUCCCUUUGUCCGAGAUUAUGCUGCUGGAGAAUCACAUAAGCCCUGUUACUCUCCACGGAGAUCAAACUAUGAUGGACACAGCGAUAGAGGUUCGAGGAGGCGCAGUGUUAGUCGUGGCAGGAGCAGGGCGCAGAGUCGCAGUCCUGGCUACGGGCGCAGCAAAAGUCGCCCGCGUAGCCGGAGCAGGAGUCACAGCUACAGUCGUGGCAGGAGUCCCGAACGAGCGAAGAGCCGAGCGCGUAGCAAGAGCAGAACCCGAGGGAGGAGCUACAGUAGAAGUCGAAGCAGAAGCGGAAGCCGUAGUCGCAGACAGAGUAGGGCAAGGAGCAGGGCACGGAGCAAGAGUCGGCCACGUAGCCACAGUCGUAAAAGGAGCCGUAGCAGGGGGAGAAGCAGAGGAAGGAGUCGCGCUAGGAGCUGGAGCCGCAGCGCCAGUCGUAGUGGUAGCAGUAGCAGCAACGCCUCCGGUAGGAGUCGCCAAAGCAGCAUCAACAGGAGAGUCAAAUCAGGUAAUUUUAGGAACCAGGAGGAGGACUUUACUGAGCUGGAGAAGGCCAGACGACGUAAAGAAAUUCAGGAUAUGCUUGUACAGCCUGCAAAGUCAAUUUUGAAGAAAAGAAUGGAUUCCUCUGAGACGGAUUCUCCCAUGCUAGUGCAGAAUAGUGAUUCCCCUCGAGGAAAUCCAGAUGGUGGUCUUUCACAUGAGGCAGAACAGCUUCUCUGUGCACUUUCCAAAACCAUGGAUCCAGACUUGUUCGCAUCCAUGCUGGGAAAAAGCUCUGAUGGUAGUGUUCUCGAAGAGCUGAUUGGUAAGAUCCAGUCAGCCAGAGAGGGUGGAAGUGACUUGCUGCUCCCUCAAGAGAAGGGAAGACAGGAGAAAUCAGACCUCACAGAGUUCCUUGGAAUGAUAGCAGAGGUCGCCCAACCACAGAAUGUAAAAAAGAGUAAUCCAGAUAUUGAAGAUGAGGAGAAAUUCCUCUAUGGGGAUGAAGAGGAAGAGGGCAGUGAGGUGAAACCAGCAAAUUCCAACUUUCCAGACACAAGUUACCCACAGUCUUGUGAUAUUCAGAGAAGAGAACCUUACACUUUUGGCCAUACUGGAGAACCUGGGAUGAGCCAUUCGCAGAGAGACAGUAGGCAGGCAGACAGGCAUCGUUCCUCGGCCACACCUGAGGUACAUGCCAAGGAAGAACCUGGCGACUUCCCACCUGGAAUUGGGCCACAGGAUGUAAAGGUGAGGAAGGAGGUAGAGGAAUAUGAGAAGAUACAAGAUUUGCUAAAAACAAUUGGCCUGGACCUGGGCAUGGCUGAGAUAAGCAAAAUGGCCGCUAGGACGCAAGAGCGUCUGCACGGUAACACCCCUGCGAAGACUCUGACUCGUAGGCAGUCGGAUAGAAAGCACCGGAGCCGUAGUAGGAGCUACAGCAGCAGUAGCAGCAGAAGCUUCAGUCGCAGUCGGAGUAGCAGUCGAAGUAGAAGCAGAAGAAGUCAAAGCCGAAGUGGCAGUUUGGAUCACACUUCACGUCGCAGCAAGAAAAAGCCAGUUUCCCCAGAACAAAGAUCUCCAUGCUCACAUAGUCAGAACAAGAAAGAGGCUAAACCUGGCAUUGCAGAAAGCGGCUGGCCUACCACACCCACUGUGGGUCCUGGGACACAGACGUAUCCCUCCAGACCCAGCCUCCCGGCACAUCCCAUGCCCCCAUACCCUGGGCCACCCCCACGUGGGGUAAUGCCACCUGACUACCCACCAGGAAGUUACGAUCCAUAUGGCAAUUAUGUUCCAUAUAUGCCUCCGGGAUGGCCGAUGUACCCACCUCCAGGUAUUCCAGUACCUCCUCCCAGUCCAAUGGAUCCCUACAGCCUCCCUAACAUUGAGCGACCUUUUCUUAAAGUGAUCACAACUGUGCAGAGUGAGAGUAAAGACGACAAUCCAAAAGCACCCCCUAAAUCGGAUCCUGUGGCCACUAAAGCGAUCACCAGUGGCAUUCAGAGGAAAGAAAUAGAAGAUAAGAAUACUGCUAGCCAAAAACAGAAGGUCAUGGAAGAGCUUGAAAAGCUAAAAAAGGAGAACGAAAUGCGACACAAGAGGAAAGAAAAUCUCUUAAAGGAUGUGGAAACAUUGAGAAAGCAGCAAGGGGAGCUUCUUCGAAAGAAGCGAAGAGAGAAGGAUGGACACAAGGACCCUGUCCUCAUUGAGCUCAGUCAGCUCCAAGAGGAUGCAAUGGCCCAAAUCUCCAAAUUGCGUUCUGAACAGAGAGAGGCAGAUCAAAAAUAUGAAGAGCUGGUCAAAGUGGCUCUUAUUCUCGGUAUAGGCUACAAAGACUCGAAGAUCUCUGGGGACCAUAGGCAGCAGCCCCUUCAGAGUAAGAAGGAGUCAACCAGAAGCCCAGACAAAUCAGGGGCCAAAACCAGCACCUCAUUCAAUAAGGUAGCAUCCUCAAAAUCAAGAGCGUCUCCUGAAAAACCUAAGUCACCUCCUCCAUCGAGCAGCCACUCCCUGGACACUGCUGCCGAGCAGUUCGAGUACUACGACGCAGGAAACCACUGGUGUAAAAACUGCAAUGUUACCAGUGGUUCAAUGUUUGAUUAUUUCAUGCAUUUGCACAGCAAAACACAUAGGAAGACUCUAGAUCCUUAUGACAGACCUUGGGCGAAAUCGGAGAGUGAAAAGAAACCCCCAGCUGGAAAGAGGACUUCCAAGCCAGCCAAAGGCUCCGAGUUCUUGAUCCCUGUAAGGGGAUUCUUCUGCCAGUUAUGCAAGGAGUUUUUUGGUGAUCCCAUUUGUGCUGAGGCCCAUGUUACCUGCCAUGCUCACAAUGAGAGAUACAAGGCAAAAAUGUAUGAAAAUCCCCUCUAUGAACAAAGGAGGAACCUGGACCGUCAGGCUGGCUUAGGGAGCCAAAAGAGUUCAGAGCGCAAACGAAAACGUGAAGACGACGAACAGGAUGAUAUGAAGAAAUCCAAGCACAACAAAGGAAAAAUGUCAAGUAAUGAAGUGGAGACAAAACCACAGUACAGCAAGGAAGAGGAGUAUAAGAAUAUCAAAGAGAAUGAGAAUAAACUUAAGGAGAAAUACAAGAAAGAGGAUAUAGAUAAACAGAAAUACAAGAAGGAGGAUGAUGAGAGAGCCAAAAUAAAGGAAGAGGAUGAGAGAGCUAGGUACAAAAAAGAAGAUGAUGAGCGAAACCGCUGCAGAAAAGAAGAGGAAUACACACAUAAGUACAGGAAGGAGGAAGGGGAGAGAACAAGGUAUGAAGAGGACAGAUUUAGAAACCGAGACGAUGAUGAACACUAUCGAUAUAGAGAAGAGGAUGACAGAUAUAGAUUUAGAAAGGAUGAUGAUAGGGGCCGAUAUGGUAGAGAAGAGGAGAAGCCCAAGUAUGGCAGAGAAGAGGAUAAGAAAUACAAAUACACUCGGGAGGCUGAAGAGAAGUCAUCAAAGUACAAAGAUGAGGAAGGGGGGAAGUGGCCGAAAUCAAAGUGGGAUGAGGACCAAGAGAGUAAUGGGAAGUAUGAAAAAAAGGAAGAUAAAGCUCAGCACCAGAAGGGCAAGGCUGGUUAUUCCAAAGAUGACAAGGAGAGCAUAGGGAAGUCCAAUGCUAAAGAUGGCAAAUCAGAACCAGAGAAGCCCAGCGAGCCUCCUAAAGUCUUAUGUGGUCCAAGUCCUGCCUUGCUUGCUAAACUUCGCAAGAAGAACGAGGAAGCUGCUUGUCGGCCUGGCUUUGGAAAGUUUGUUCUGAAAAAGCCACAGAAGACAGCACUGGAGAAGGAGGCAGAGAGGAUGGCGGCGCAAUUCUUAAAGGAAGAGGAAGAGAGUAUGCCUACUGAAAUGGCAGAAAACACGGAUGCUGAGCUAGAUCCUUUUUCCAAGUCUAUAGCUGCUGCAAAAUCCAUUGCUAUCAAAUUGUCAGGAAAGACUGUGCUUCCCCCUUCAGGUGAAUGGCUAGCAUACAACGAAAUAAAAACUAAUCCUAAUUUACCUCCUCCCCCAGUUCCCAUGGUUAUUAGGAAGUCUUACACAGGUGUGCAAAAUAAACCAACACCAUCUGCUGACAAAUCUCCUGCACCUGUAACAGGAACUCAGAAGGGCCCAGCGUUGUCAGCAGACCUCAUCUCUAAGGCAUUUAGUGGAGAAGAGGUGCAAUUAAAACAAACAAAGGACACCUCUGUAAAGCCUGUAGAUAUCUUCAACAUACCCGUACCACUUCAGUCUCCCACUGUGGCACCAAAAAUGGUAAAUUUCAGCCAGAUGAAACCUGUUACUCCCAGUCAGUGUGUUAUUACUCUCGAGUCUGAUGUGGCUGCUCCUGGAGUGCCUGAGGAGGAGCAGAAGCUCACCGUAAUCCUUCGUCCUCCUCCACAGCUUUCUUUUAAUGCCAGAGACCCACCCCUCAAAACUGUAAAGCCAAAGACAACUCUUGCAGCAGGAAAAGCAAAAGAUUUGUUUGACAUUUUUUACAGUGGCAGUGCCGCAGUUAAAACUUCUGUCAGUGCCAGUGUUGGUGACAACAAAAACUCUGGAUUUGCUCCUCAAGACAGUGGCUCAACCUGCAAAGAGAUAAACAAUAAAUACAAAAAUGCUAGUGAUGUUUGCCAGAGCAAAGAACCUCUCAAGAACGAGGACUCAAAAGUUCCCCUGAGAGAAGAACCUCUCAAGAACAAGGACUCAAAAGUUCCACUGAGAGAAGAACCUCUCAAGAAUGAGGACACAAAAGUUGCCUUGAGUGAAGAACCUCUCAAGUACGAGGAGUCUGAAGUUGCCCUGAGAGAAGAACCUCUCAAGAGUGAGGACUCAAAAGUUGCCUUGAGAGAAGAACCUCUCAAGAACGAGGACACAAAAGUUGCCUUGAGAGAGGAACCUCUCAAGUACGAGGACUCAGAAGUUGCCCAAAAAGAAGAACCCCCCAAGAACAAGGAAUCAGAUGUUGCCCAGAGAGAAGAAUCUCCCAAGAAUGAAGACUCAGAUGUUGCCCAGACAGAAGAAUUCCACAAGAAUGAGGACUCAGAAAUUGGCCAGAGCAAAGAACCCCCCAAGAAUGAGGACACAAAUGUUGCCCAGAGAGAAGAAUCUUCCAAGAAUGAAGACUCAGAAGUUGCCCAGACAGAAGAAUUCCACAAGAAUGAGGACUCAGAAAUUGGCCAGAGCAAAGAACCCCCCAAGAAUGAGGACACAAAUGUUGCCCAGAGAGAAGAAUCUCCAAAGAACGAAAACUCAGAAGUUGCCCAGACAGAAGAACCCCCCAAGAAUGAGGACUCAGAAGUUGGCCAGAGCAAAGAAACCCCCAAGAAUGAGGACUCAAAUGUUGCCCAGAGAGAAGAAUCUCCAAAGAACGAAGACUCAGAAGUUGCCCAGACAGAAGAACCCCCCAAGAAUAAGGACUCAAAAGGUGGGCAGAGCAAAGAACCCCCCAAGAAUGAGGACACAAAUGUUGCCCAGAGAGAAGAAUCUCCCAAGAACGAAGACUCAGAAGUUGCCCAGACAGAAGAACCCCCCAAGAAUGAGUACUCAGAAGUUGGCCAGAGCAAAGAAAUCUUCAAGAAUGAGGACUCAAAUGUUGCCCAGAGAGAAGAAUCUCCCAAGAACGAAGACUCAGAAGUUGCCCAGACAGAAGAACCCCCCAAGAAUGAGGACUCAGAAUUUGAACAAGCCUUUGAGGAUGCCAUCUUAAAACCUGACCUUCAAAAUGAAGAUAAUGCAAAAGAGGAAGAUUUUGAUGAUCAACAAGUUCUUAAAUCUUUUGAAAUCUCUGUGGGGGAUAUAACUGUGAUGGAAGUAGAUAGUCAGGAUACAAUGCAGACAAAUAAUGAGGAAAACCCUCUGGAAUCUGAGGAACCCAUGUCAUUCUCCCCUCUUCCUGGUUCUUUCACUGAGCAACUGAACUUGGACACAUUUGAAUUCAAUUUUGAGCCUUUGUAAAGGACCUUUCAAGAGUAGGUUUAGGGAUGUACAUGUUACCUCUGAAUGUAAAUAAGUGAUUUUUAAGUAUUCUUUGUAUUUGCUUUAUCCAGUUAGAAUGUUUCAUGUCUAUUCUUAACCUUUUGGCAGGUAAUGCCAGUGAAAAUGUGGACUGAAAAGCAUUCAUUCUGAAGUGGGUGCUGGGGAAGGAAUCCCUCUAAGAGAAUGAGAACUUUCAUCUAGUAAUGAAUCCUUAAUAUGUGUAAAAGUUUCGCUACUUAUCAAAAGCACCUGGUGUUGAGCUACUUGUUUCCUUAUUUUUUUCCAGCAGAAACCAUUCCUUUUCCCCAAAGGUAACGUAAAACACAUAAUGAAUAUGAUGUGUAUCAAACAUUUAAGUCUGUAAAGCCAUUUGCUCUGUUUGUUCUAUUUAAAUAAAUGAAGAUAUUUUAAUGCAGGAGCCAGAAAGAUCCAGGCUCAGAGAAGAGAAAUGGUGUGGAGUUCAUGCUUCAAGGACAUGUGCGUUCACAACUCUGAACAGAAAAUAUCAGGCUUGGCCUCCAUAGUUUUUAUUACACUGUACUCCGUGUUGAUGGCUUUUCUUUCCAGUUUAAAUUUUUAAAGGAAUCAAUGUUGUGUUAUAAUGUUCACAUUGCUACCAUGCUACUUUAGCAUCUACAGAUAGUUGGUGUAAUUGCACACGUUCUGUGCUAGCUCAAAUAAAUCACAGCAACCCUUUC